AUGCUGGCGACGCGCACGUACUCGGUCAAGGUGGAGAUGUUCCGGCAGUUGGCGCUGGACUCGGGCUUGGUGGCGUGCUCGGUGGAUGAGCUGGAGGCUGUUCUCAAGGGCAAGAAGCAGCAGGCCAACGAGCAGAGCUGUGUGGCUGCAGGAGUGAACGACGUGGAGCUGCAGGUGGAUCACAAGUACCCGAACUCGGUGUCGGAUGUGGAGGAAAAGCCGCUGUCUGCUAUUCUGUAUGGUCUGGUGGGCACGGAGAAGUUCCACGCGUUCCACUCGAAGCUGGUGAAGCAGGCGCAGAAGAACAAGAUCCAGUACAUGGUGCGUCACUACCCGCGUGACUCGCCGUUGGAUACGCUUCUGCAAGGUUACGGUGUGGCUUUGGACAUCAAGAACAUGGAGUACAAGACCAUCGAUGACUCGAAGAAGACGGGAGAGGAGGAGGCUGCGGCUGAUGAAGAGAACGGCGACGAGGAAGACGAGGAAGAAGACGAGAUUGACGAUGAAGAGGUCGAAGGAUUCCUGUUUAAUCAUCUGAUGGCUCGCCACGGCGCGAUUUCUGGUGAGCUGAAGCAGUUUUACGACAUUCUGGUCAAGAAGGCGGAUGGGGAGCAGGAGCAGGAACUGAAGGCGUGGCACCUGAAGGAUCUGGGUGCGAGCGCCGUUCGUGCUAUCGUAGACGCCAAGAAUCCGCUCAAGCGGCUGGAGACGCUCUCGCAGGACUUCCCUGUUCAGGCUAAAAAGUUGGCGUUCUCGCGGAAAUCGAUUUCCGCUGAGCUCCGUGACGAAAUGUCAGCCACACGCAUGCAAGCAGCCAACAGGAGGCUCAAGAACAAGUUUAUUCUGAAUGGCAUCGCGGUGGACCCACUCGAGCGCUCGUUCAACGUAUUCGAUUUCAUGAAAACUCUGAAGGAGGAAUGGUCUGUGGCGAAGCAGCUCGGUGGUCUGCCCAUGAACCAGUCGGAGCUGGAGGAAAUGCUAGCUCACGUUCGCCAAACGAACCAGGAGCAACCUGCCGUGCGUAUUCACAUGCGCGGAUCGAUGGGUGGUUCUACGCCUCUCUAUCUGAAUAACAUUGAAACGGACCCGAACUCUGCGAGCUGGUCUUCCGAUGUGGAUACCCUGAGACGUCCCGCCUGGAACCUCAUUUUCGUCCGCAAGAAUAUGUACGAGUGCGUGCUUGUACUCGAUCCGCUCUCUGGUACCGGACGCGUAGCAUUGUCGCACAUUGGAUUCCUGCGCAUGCGUGGUGCUCCUGUGCAAUGGGCACUUCUCGUAUCCUCGAAGGAACUCAUGGCGAGCAAAACGGCGGAUGACCGUCGGGCAUUGCUGGAAAUGUACAAGUCUUUCAAGGAAGCAGAUAAGGCGACCCCGUGGCACUUCGCGAAGUUGUUGAUGCUGUCACAGUCCAAGGAUGCUGCCGAGGCUGAAGCUCUUCAGAAAGAAAGCAAGGGCUCGCGGAGUGGCGACGAGGAAACUAGCGAAACAGAAGAGCCAGAGGACCGAAUUAUCCCAACCAGAAUUGCGUCAGAAUUCUUGCAACGUGUUGGAGAAGACGGAAGCUCUGAUGUUGCUGUUGGAAGCUUGAUCGAAGCGUACACGGAUGCUGCAGGAGCUAUUGGUACGCUUGAAGAAAACGGCGAGGAGGCGUGGGCGUGCCUGAAGAGUGACCGGUUCGACGACGAGAUUCUUGCCAUGACCGAGUUCAUCCAUUUGAAGCACGUACCGUUGGGCUCCUUUGUUUUCAAUGGUGUGCUUCAAAAGAACCUGGACAUUCAGCGGUCGAUGAUGAGUAACUUCGGACGUGACCAACCGCUUUACGUUAACAUGGCCCACCGAGGCUUGCUGAACGACGAUAUGGACCUUGUGGAAGAGCUUCUGGACUCGCAGGAUGCGUACCCUGCCUACUUGUCGAUUUUUGAAAAGUCGGAAGGCGCACACCCUGGAGAUAUCGAAGUGGACUUGCCGAAACACCUCUUUGCUGACGAUGUAGACGGUCGCCUGGAAGCUGCGGUGCAGCGUGCGAUAUCAUAUCUUCAUGCGCCUGAUUCCAGGGCUGUUCCUAAAAAGGAGACCGUGAUUUUCCCAGCGGACCUCAACGACCCGCGCGAUGCUGGUCACGCCUACCGGAUUGUGAAGGCUGUACUGGAGGACUCUGAGCAGUCCUUGCGCGUGGGAAUUGUGCCCCAGCUAAACAGUAACAGCGCAGAAAAGCAAGGCAGCAAUGAACACCUCUUGAAGUUCGUAUUGGAGGCAUUGAAUUGCGUUGUCAAGCAGAAAUCGGUUGAUGCGACAAAGGAUAAGCUUAUCGGGAUUUGGGGCAAACUGAGCAAGGAAGAAGACAGCGAGGAUUCGGUAUCGAAGAAGAUUUCGGCUCUUCUAAGUAGCAAGUCUGGAAAGUGGCUUACCCCCAAGCAACGCAAUGCACUUACGCAAUGCAACGCGCUGCUGCGUUCACGUUUCCCGCCUGUUCUAGCUGAGGAAUCCGAGGAGGAGUCUUCCAAGAUGGUUUUGCCGCACCUGUUUAUCAAUGGACGACGUGUGACGCUUCCUCCUCACUCGUUGUCCGACGAAGAUGUGGAUACCAUCGUCAGCUUCGACCUGACGUAUCGUACUCAGCCGGUGGCUAAAGCGCUCAUCAAGCGUAGUGCCACGCUGAGUGUCAAAAAGGCGGACAGUUUGAGCUUUGACAUUAUGAAGACGACCGGCAUUGUUGACAAGUAUGUUCGAACCGACCGAGCGCCCCGUAUGGAGGUGGGCGAAAACUCGCUGAACACUGUACGCCUCGAGGGUGAUCCUUCACUCCAGGUUGCUGCUUAUGUUGACCCGUUGUCGGAAGCGGCACAGGUGAUGAGCUCUAUGCUUCGGAUGCUCCACUCGCAGCUCAAUGCAACCAUCGAGUUGGUGUUGACUCCUGCCGACGAAUACACGGAAUUCCCGCUGCAGCGAUUCUACCGAUACCUAUUUGACAAGAAGCCGUCUCUUGCUGCUACGAAUGUGGAAUUCCGCAAAUUGCCCGUUCAUCCGAUCUUGACUAUGAAGAUUGAGACCCCUGAGGCCUGGAACGUGCAGACACUUCACGCAGGUGAUGACCUGGACAAUUUGAGGGUGGACCCUGAUAGCCCUACUGAUGUGAAGUCAACGACCAGCGCUGUGUUCCGGUUGGAGAGUCUGCUGGUGUACGGCCAGUGUCGCGAUACGACCUUCAACAUGUAUUCGCCUCCCAACGGCCUGCAGUUGGUACUUGAGCGCGAGGUUGGCGCCCAGUUGCUGCACCGUGAUACUCUUGUGAUGAAGAACCUGGGCUACUUCCAACUCCAGGCCACGCCUGGAGUUUGGUCUUUGCAUCUUGCACGCGGUCGAGCUGCCGAGAUUUUCGAUAUCAUUGACCCGGACACGGACGUCCCACUGGAGACGCACCCCGUGGUUGUGUACGACUUCGGCUCGCACAUUUCUCAGUUAUUUGUUCACGACGGGGCCCUCCGCAGUUACUGGAACUCGAUGUUGAAUGCGAUGGGCAAGCGUGAAGACAAACCGGAAAAGAAGACGCAAGAUGCGGAAACAGAAGGUGGCCACGCCGAUUCUACUGGAGAUGAUAAUGCGGUUGCCCAUCAAAAGGUGCGCACGGGUGAAACCAUUCACGUGUUCUCGGUGGCAUCCGGCUACCUGUACGAGCGCUUUGUCAAGAUCAUGAUGUCUAGCGUGCUGAAGCGUACCAACAACCCGGUGACCUUCUGGCUGCUGGAGAACUUCUUGUCGCCCGACUUCAAGAAGUCGAUUCCGGCGUUGCGUGAGCAGUUCGGCAUGGAUAUCCGUCUUGUCACGUACAAGUGGCCGAACUGGCUGCGCCAGCAGACGGAGAAGCAGCGCAUUAUCUGGGGUUACAAGAUUCUGUUCCUGGAUGUGCUGUUCCCGCUUGGCGUUCAGAAGAUCAUUUACGUGGAUGCGGACCAAGUCGUGCGUGCCGACCUGAAGGAGCUCUGGGAGCUCGACAUGGAAGGAAAGCCCUACGGCUACACGCCGUUCUGCGACUCGCGCAACGUUGGCUUCCAGUUCUGGCGCCAAGGAUACUGGAAGGACCACCUGCGCGGAAAGCCGUACCACAUCAGUGCCCUGUACGUGGUUGACCUGGCGCUCUUCCGUCAGACGGCUGCCGGUGACAUGCUGCGCGCGGUGUACAGCCAGCUCAGCGCUGACCCCAACUCGCUGGCGAACCUAGACCAGGACUUGCCGAACUACGCGCAGCACCAGAUCCCGAUCUUCUCGUUACCGCAGGAGUGGCUCUGGUGCGAGUCGUGGUGCAGUGACGAGACCAAGGGAGCGGCCAAGACCAUCGACUUGUGCAACAACCCGAAGCACAAGGAGCCCAAGCUGGACAUGGCCAAGCGCGUCAUCGCUGGCGAGUUGUUCAACGAGUCGUGGAUUGAGCUCGACCAAGAGAUCAAGGACGCCGAGGCUCAAUACACUGUGGAGGCUGCGGCCUAA